GGGGCGGGCCUUAACGAGAACACGACUCGCCUUGUUGUGUGUGUAUUCCCGUGCUCUCAUCGCCAUCUUGUUGCAAUCCUAUUUUUUUUUUAUUUUUUUUUUUCACGUAUGCGAGGAUCUACUUUCCGAUUGCUCGGAUUAAAAAUCACCCCUCUUAUUUGAGGAGAAACGCAGGGGAAGAAAAGCUCGGGCGUGCGGGUGUGAACCGUGCACACGGCGCUUCCUACCGGGACACUACCUUACCCCCAGCUCGGUCUUUUUCCUCCUUCCGUCCCGGGCCACCGGGUCGCCUGCCGUGAGGAUUUACGCGCAAUGAGCAUCGAUACACUUCUGGAGGCGGCCAGAUAUCUGGAAUGGCAAGCCCAGCAACAACAGAUCACACGUGAGGAAGAGCAGCGCAAAGAGAAGGAGCUCAUCAACAGGGAGGCAGAGUCGAGACGCGUAGAGCUUGUCGCCUCUUCGUCCCUGACAGUCAGAGCCAACCAUGUCGCUUGGGGCGAUGACCCUCACCGUCAACAGCCGCACCACCCUCCUGCCCCUCCACUCCCCUCUCUGCCACCCCCUCAAGUCCCCAUUGCUGUCAUUCCAGUGGUCCCAGUUGUCACUGCGACACCCUCGGUCCCAGCCCUUCCGCUUACAACGCCGAUUGCAGCGGCACCAACGACACUUAAUGGCUCCCCGCCAGCCAAAAACGCCUCCUCCCCUCCGCAGCAACAACAACAACAGCAGCAGCAGCAGCAGCAGCAGCAGCAGCAGCCACAGCCACAGCCGGCCUCUCGCCACCUGUUGUGCGCCCCCCAGAUGAAGUUAGAGACAACUCCGCAGCUUGUUGGUGUAAAGCCCAACCAACCACAGCCUCAGGUUCAGAUUCAGUACCCAACCUCCAUCAGCACUAACGGCUCUGGCUCUCAACAUGCACUGAUUCCUCAUCAAGCUCCACCCACAUCUCAGCCGCGGCCUAAUGGAGUGACGAUGGAGGACCUGAGGGGGAUGGAGGGGAAGAGGAGACCUGGAGGGUCAGUUUAUGUAGCUGGGACCAGAGAGGUGCAUAACAAACUGGAGAAGAACAGGCGAGCGCACCUCAAAGAGUGUUUUGAGACGCUGAAGAAGAACGUUCCAAAUGUUGAUGAGAAGAAAACCUCCAACCUCAGCGUCCUCCGCAGCGCUUUGCGUUACAUACAGACUCUGAAGCGUAAGGAGAAGGAGUACGAGCAUGAGAUGGAGCGUUUGGCCAGAGAGAAGAUCGCUACACAGCAGCGACUGGCCGAGCUGAAGAAUGAACUCAGCCAGUGCAUGGAUGUCAUGGAGAUUGACAGAGUCCUCCGACAGACCAUCCAGCCGGAGGACGACCAGGCCUCCACAUCCACCGCCUCAGAGGGAGAAGACAACUUCGAGCAGGACAUUGACGAGGAUGUCCCCGCUCCUCCUGCUCCCACGUCCCUCCCCAAACCAGCAACCUCCAUCUUACAAACUCAGCAGCUCCUCACCUCUCACCUGUCGAUACAGCACACCACCCUUCCUAUCUCUGGAGUCCUGACCAAGCCCCCGCCCUCUGCUCCCCCUCCCCCUCAACCCAUCGCCCCUGCACUAGCCCCAGGUCCGCCCCCCGGGCCACCGGCUCAUGCCAUUCAGACCCCGACUGUGCAGGUGCAGCCCACCGUCAUCGCUCACGCCACUGUUUCCCACCCUUCAGUCAUCCAGGCCGUCAACCACGGCCUGCCAGCCAAUCAAAAGCACCUAACACACAUCGCCCCGUCACCUGGCCCCACCUCCUCCACCCCUCAACCAAUCGCGGCAACUCCAGCUCCUGCCGCCACUCACCAGCCGAUUGCCACCCAGCCCAUCGGACACAUCACCGUCCACCCGGUGGCUCACCUGGCAACGCCCCUGCCAUCCCAUCUCCCUCUCUACCCCCCAGGUGUGUCUGUCUCUGUCUCCCAGCCUGCCAUGAUGGGCCACAUCACCCACACCUUCACCCACCACCCCCACGUCCAGGCGAACCCUCAAGCUAACACUAAUGGAGCCCAGGUGAACAGCGCAGGCGUGGUGAGCCAGGGGAGCCCGUCGCUAGGGAAACCCACAGCGGUCCUGGCCCCUCACCCCCAACUGGUCGGGCAGGCUGCCGUCCUUAACCCUGUCACCAUGGUUACAGUCCCAACCUUCCCCGUCAGCACGCUCAAACUGGCCUGAAAGAAUGAAAAACAGAAAUAUAAGUGGAAUGGACUGACGAAUGGCAGACAGGAGAAGAAGAAAAAGAUUCAGUGCCCGCCCAGGAAGAAUGCCUGAAUCAGUUUUCACACUCCUAUCAAUAAUCAAUAGCUCUGACAGAUAUGAGGAACUUCACAAAAAAACUGUUCUUUGGACGUGUGGUCAUUAUCUCCAGAGAUUUCUUGGUCACAGCUCUGUUCAUUAACCUGUUUCUGAACAAUAACAUUAAAGCAGAGUCAGAGGAUCAGGCCAUUGUUUGUGAAAAUAAGACUGUGACAUUUGUCCCCCGCUGCAAAGACAGGAACUCUGUUUUACCUUCCUUCCUUCCUUCCUUCCUCCCUCCUUUCCUUUCCUUCCUGUACAACCAGAAGCACUAACAUAAUAAGCUCAGUUCACACUCAGGCAUCAAGGAUUUACCUUAACUAUUCACUCACUCAUUGAGGGAAAGCGCAUGAGAGAGUGAGUCAUUAGGCUGUUGCCGUGGUGAUACAGUAUGUGCCCAUUUUGUAUUCAUGUAAUCUUGAUGUCAUGUAGCGGAAUAAUGUCACUGAUGCGUUUGAGACAUCUUCAGUCUCACUUAUCCAGAUCAGUUACACUAUGAUUAUGUGUGAAGUUAGACGACGUCACACAGU